AUGGGGGCUGGUUCCAGGAUGAAGGGGCUGGAGUCACAUGGAGACAAUCUUUUGAUUAAUGUCCAAAUUACUUGCUCUGCUCCCAAACCUCUGACUGGAGAUUUGCAGACACAGGGGAACUUUCCUCUUACAUCUGGAUUGAUUGUAUUUGAUGAGAGCAAGAUGAGCCUGCUGCAUGUGAAGGGGCCAGCAGUGCACUACUACUAGUCCGGGAGGAUCCGCCAAACUCUGGAGAACUUUUCUGCACUGAGAUCCAGAAGGUGAGAGCUGGAGGAUCAGAGUCCUGGGAUAUAACAUGACAGAGGAACAUAAGCCUGAUGGAAAGGUGGAGAGCAGCAAGGACCUGGAGAGGCAGCUUCGUCUUAGGGUCUGUGUUCUCAGCGAACUCCUUAAGACUGAGAGGGACUAUGUGGGGACCUUGGAGUUCCUUGUCUCGGCGUUUCUCCACCGAAUGAUGCAAUAUGCUGCUUCAAAAUCUGAUAAAAAUGUCACAGAGGAAACCGUAAAGAUGUUAUUCUCCAACAUUGAGGACAUUCUUGUGGUACACAGAGACUUUCUAUCCCUCAUUGAAGAAUGUUUGCACCCGGAACCUAACGCCCAUCAAGAAGCAGGAAGCUGUUUUCUACUAUUUAAAGAUCGUUUUGCCAUUUAUGAUGAAUACUGCAGCAACCACGAAAAGGCACAGAAACUUCUUCUAGAACUUAACAAGAUAAGAACAGUGCGGACCUUCCUGCUGAACUGCAUGCUCCUGGGUGGACGGAAAAACACAGAUGUUCCACUGGAAGGAUAUUUAGUUGCACCAAUCCAGAGAAUAUGCAAGUACCCACUUCUUUUGAGAGAAUUACUGAAGAGGACCCCAAAGAGACAUCGUGAUUUCACGUCUGUGGUGGAGGCUUUGCAGGCAAUGAAGGCUGUGUGCUCCAACAUCAAUGAGGCUAAGAGACAGAUGGAAAAACUAGAAGUGCUGGAGGAAUGGCAGAGCCAUAUAGAGGGAUGGGAGGGGUCCAACAUAACAGAUACUUGCACUGAAAUGCUGAUGCAGGGAAUCCUUUUAAAAAUUUCCUCUGGGAAUAUCCAGGAGCGGAUUUUCUUUCUCUUUGAUAACCUUUUAGUGUAUUGCAAAAGAAAACAUCGGCGUCUGAAGAACAGCAAAGCAUCUACAGAUGGGCUCCGCUACCUCUUCCGAGGCCGGAUUAACACAGAAGUGAUGGAGGUUGAAAAUGUUGAUGAUGGAACAGCUGAUUUCCAUAGCAGUGGUAAUCUUGUAGUCAAUGGCUGGAAGAUACACAACACAGCAAAGAACAAGUGGUUUGUGUGUAUGGCAAAGACCCCAGAGGACAAACAGAAGUGGCUGGAAGCCAUUCUGAAAGAGAGGGAGAAGAGAAAAAGUCUGACACUAGGUAUGGAGCAGGACACCUGGAUGAUGAUAUCAGAGCAAGGAGAAAAACUCUAUAAAAUGAUGUGUAAGCAAGGAAACCUUAUCAAAGACCGAAAGAAGAAACUGACAACAAUCCCAAAAUGUUUUCUUGGCAGUGAAUUUGUGGAAUGGCUACUGGAGAUUGGAGAAAUUCACAAACCAGAAGAAGGUGUUAACCUUGGCCAAGCAUUACUGGAGAAUGGAAUAAUCCAUCAUGUUUCAGAUAAACACCAGUUCAAAUCGGAGCAGAUGUUGUAUAGAUUCCGGUAUGAUGAUGGCACCUACUACCCUAGAAAUGAAAUGCAGGAUAUGAUAUCAAAGGGUGUAAGACUAUACUGCCGACUGCACAGUCUGUUUACGCCAGUUAUUCGGGAUAAAGACUAUCAUCUUAGGACGUACAAGUCAGUAGUGAUGGCAAACAAGCUGAUAGAUUGGCUUAUUGCUCAGGGGGACUGUCGCACAAGAGAGGAAGCCAUCAUUCUUGGAGUUGCACUUUGUGAUAACGGAUUCAUGCACCAUGUGCUAGAGAAGAGUGAGUUCAAAGAUGAACCUCUGUUAUUUCGGUUCUUCUCUGAUGAAGAAAUGGAAGGAUCCAAUAUGAAGCACAGACUCAUGAGACAUGACUUGAAGAUUGUUGAGAAUGUUAUAGCUAAAUCUCUCUUGGUAAAACCCAAUGAUGGGAGCUAUGGUUUUGCUCUAGAAGAUAAAAAUAAAGUCCCCAUUGUUAAAUACAUUGAAAAAGGUUCUAGUGCAGAGUUGUCAGGAAUGGCGGUCGGAAAAAAAAUCUAUGCUGUAAAUGGUGACCUUGUUUUCCUGAGGCCGUUUCAAGAAGUGGAUUGUUUUCUGAGGACUUGCUUAAACAGCAGAAAACCUCUGAGGAUUCUCAUGAGCACAAAACCGAGGGAGACAGUAAAAAUUCCAGAUUCACCAGAGGGACUCGGAUUCCAGAUAAGGGGUUUUGGACCAUCUGUUGUACAUGCUGUGGGUAGAGGGACAGUGGCAGCAGCUGCUGGUCUUUACCCUGGACAGUGCAUCAUCAAAGUGAAUGGGAUCAAUGUCAGCAAGGAGAGCCAUGCCAGCGUUAUCGCCCAUGUGACUGCAUGCAGGAAGUACCGACGCCCCAUGCAGCAAGAUUCCAUACAAUGGAUAUAUGACAGUAUUGAGAGCGCAAAGGAAGACAUCUUAAAGCCUACACAUCCUAAACCUAUAGGAGACAAUGAUGGGGAUGGUUUUGAUUGCAAAGUAGAAGAGGUUAUUGACAAGUUUAGUACGAUGGCAAUAAUAGACGGGAAAAAGGAUCAUGUAAGCCUCACUGUGGAUAACGUUCAUCUGGAGUAUGGAGUUAUUUAUGAAUAUGACAGCACUGCCGGAAUCAAAUGUCAUGUAGUGGAGAAGAUGGUAGAACCAAAGGGCUUUUUUAGUUUAAGUGCCAAGAUCUUAGAUGCUCUUGCAAAAAGCGAUGAACAAUUUGUACAAAACUGCAGCAAUCUUCAUUCCUUACAUGAAGUCAUUCCUCCUGAGCUGCACAAUAAAUUUAACAUCAUUUGUCGAGAGAAAAUUGAACACAUCUACAGGCGGAUCACUAGCUAUAGAAAGUUUUCAAGGGUCCUGAAAAACCGAGCAUGGCCGACAUUUAAACAAGCCAAGUCAAAAAUAUCACCUCUACAUAGCAGUGAUUUCUGCCCAACAAACUGCCAUUUCAAUGUAAUGGAGGUGUCAUACCCCAAAACCUUGACAUCACUUGGGAGCGCUUUUGGGGUCCAGUUAGACAGCAGAAAGCAACCAUCCCAAGACAAGGAGAAUAAGAAUACAGAGCAAGGCAAACUAAAUCCUAUGGUAUACAUACAACACACCAUAACCACAAUGGCUGCGCCUUCAGGACAUUCAUUGGGUCAAAGAGAUGGUCACGGACUGAGAUAUCUACUUAGCAAUGAAGAUUUAGAAACACAAGAUAUCCAUCACAAAUUACUGUGCAAACUCCAUUCAGCUCUGGCAGAGGUGGAAAGAUGUGUCUCCCAGAUUGAUGAGCUUUUGUCUUCAAUAACUUGCUCUCCCAAAUGUGAACGUAAAACAGAAAAUGUAAUCGCACUGGAUGGAGAUGAGAAAGGAGAGAAGAACGGGAAGAGAGUCUGCUUUAAUGUUGCAGGAGAAGAGCAGGAGGACUCGGGACAUGACACCAUCAGCAACAGAGACUCUUAUAGUGAUUGUAACAGCAACAGAAACUCCAUCGCGUCAUUCACGAGUGUCUGCAGCAGCCAAUGUAGUUCCUACCUUCACAGUGAUGACAUGGAUUCUGGAGAUGAGAUGCCUUUAAAUGUACGGAUUUCUCAUGAGAAACAGGACAAAUUACACAGCUGCCUAGAACAUCUUUUCAGUCAGGUGGAAUCAAUAACUAAUCUUCUAAGAGGACCGGCCGUAGCCAGAGCAUUUGAGCAAACGAAAUACUUCACACCUGGCCGGAGUUUACAAGAAUUUCAGCAGGAAAUGGAACCUAAAUUAAGCUGUCCAAAGCGGUUACGACUUCACAUUAAACAGGACCCUUGGAAUCUGCCCAGUAGUGUUCGCAUUCUCGCACAGAACAUUAAAAAGUUUGUUGAAGAAGUGGAAACACGCAUACUGUUGGCUCUGCUGGAAUAUACAGAUAGUGAAGUUCAGCUGAGGAGAGAUAUGGUGUUUUGCCAGAGUUUGGUGGCCACCAUCUGUGCCUUCUCUGAACAGCUUAUGGCUGCAUUAAAUCACAUGUAUGACAGCAAUAAAGAAUAUGAAGUGGAAACACAAGAAGCCAGUAGAAGAUGGUUGGAGCAGAUUGCUAAUGCUGGUGUUCUCUUCCACUUCCAGUCUCUUCUUUCUCCCAAUAUGACAGAUGAACAAGCGAUGCUAGAGGACUCACUUGUGGCCCUUUUUGAUUUGGAGAAGGUCAUGUUUUACUUUAGACAUGCAGAACAUGGUCCACAAAUUGCAAAUGUUCCUAUUACCUAUCAAGCAGAAGGAAGUCGCCAAGCUCUGAAAAUUUACUUCUACAUAGACAGUUAUCAUUUUGAGCACCUUCCACAAAGGCUGAAGAAUGGAGGAGGAUUUAAAGUUCACCCCGUCCUAUUUUCUCAAGCUCUGGAGAGUAUGGACGGCUAUUAUUACAAGGAUAAUGUCUCUAUUGAAGAAUUUCAGGCCCAGAUUAAUGCCGCUUCACUUGAGAAAGUUAAACAGUACUAUCAAAAACUGAGGGCCUUUUACUUGGAUAAGACAAAUCUGCCUCCAAAUACCACAUCUAAAGCUGCAUACAUUGAUAAGUUGAUGAGGCCGCUCAAUGCUUUGGAUGAACUGUAUCGGCUGGUUGAUUCAUUUAUCCAUUCUAAGCGUACAGCAGCCUGUGCCUACACCGCAUGCAGUGCCUCAGGAGUUGGACUGCUAUCAGUGUCUUCAGAACUUUGCAACCGUCUUGGGGCGUGCCAUGUAAUAAUGUGCAAUAGUGGAGUGCAUCGAAGCACUUUGAGUGUUACUCUUGAACAGGCUCUUAUUCUCGCACGGAGUCAUGGGCUGCCUCCCCGCUACAUCAUGCAAGCAACAGAUGUCAUGAGAAAACAGGGAGCAAGGGUUCAGAAUACUGCUAAGAAUUUGGGUGUUAGAGACAGAACGCCAACUUCUGCUCCAAGGUUGUACAGACUGUGCCAGCCGCCUCCUGCUGAUGAUGAACCCUGAAUGUACCCACCAUGGAAUCGAGUGGAUCAUUUUAGCAGAACUUGUUUCACAACUGUUCUUGUAAAUGUGGAUCUUCAAUACAAGAGAAACAAAAGUCUUUUUUUUUAAAGCAGACAAGACACUUCAUUGCAACUUGGAAGCUAUAAGGACUUUACGCCAGCGGCAUAUUUUGUACACUGGAAUCCCACUGGAUGAAGCACUUAUGUGGUGUAAAAUAUCAACAAAGGACAUUGAAUGUUUUCGAAUCGUCAUUUCAAAUGGUUUUUCCACAUACAGACAGGACCUACUUUAAUAUUUGUAUUAAUUAUAUGUCAGUGAAAAAGGAAAUAUAUUUCUAAAGGAAACAUUUAUAUCUACUUUGCUAUCAAUAAACGGCUACAUAUAUAAUAUAUGUCAUAAUUCUGUAGAGCAUAAAGCACAGUUCAUUGUUAUCUUUAUUGGACUUUUCCUCCAAAAACCUGUUAAAUAGAAGAAAUAGAAUUUUUAUAACUGAUUAAUACAUUAAUAAUGUACAACAUUUGGGCAAUGCAUUAAAUAGACUGACAUUUA